AUGGCGCCUCGCGAGACUACCGUUGACGUUGACAUUGACGACGACGAGGACAACAAUGGCAUCGUCGACAUCGACCAGCUCCAGUCGCACGGCAUCGGCGCCAGCGAUAUCAACAAGCUCAAGGCUGCGGGAUACUGGACCAUCGCUUCAGUGUGUGCGGCUACUAGGAGGAACUUGUCCAAGAUCAAGGGCUUCUCCGAGCAGAAGACGGAGAAGGUCAAGGAAGCGGCGGGCAAAUGCGCUCCUGCCUCAUACAACUUCAUAACCGCCGCGGAGCUCGGGCACGUGCGUCGCAAAGUGUGCCGGAUCUCCACUGGCAGCAAGAGUUUCGACACGAUGCUGGGUGGCGGGUUGCAGACGAUGAGCAUCACGGAGGUAUUUGGCGAGUUCCGCACGGGCAAGUCGCAACUGUCGAUGACGGCGUCGGUGAUCUGCCAGCUUCCUAAAUCGCAGGGCGGCGCCGAGGGGAAGGUCGCUUAUAUCGAUACCGAGGGAACGUUCCGGCCAGAGAGGAUCAGGCAGAUCUCAGAGAGGUUCGGCGUCGAUGGUGAUGCCGCCUGUGAGAAUAUCAUCUAUGGACGCGCCCUCAAUAGUGAACAUCAGAUGGAACUGCUGAAUGGCCUGUGUCAGAACUUUGCAACGAAUGAGUAUAGGCUUUUGGUUGUCGACAGCAUCAUGGCCUGCUUCCGCGUGGACUUCUGCGGACGUGGUGAACUUUCCGAGCGCCAACAGAAGCUGGGACAGAUGCUGGCCAAGCUCUCGCACAUGGCCGAGGAGUUCAACGUCGCCGUCCUCUUGCCUGUCGGAGGCCACGUCCUAGCGCACGCCUCCGCCACCAGGAUUCUCCUGCGCAAAGGCCGCGGCGACGAGCGUGUGGCCAAGUUGCAGGACAGCCCUGAUUGUCCCGAGCGCGAGGCUACCUACGUGAUCACUAACGGUGGUAUCAAUGAUCCGGCUGGUGUUUGAGCUUUGAUUGCUACCUACUACCACCUGUGCUACCGCCUAUUUGCAUAGACUUACUGCGUUGAUUUCUCUCUUUUUUCUUCUUUUUUUUUCUAGCAAAACAUGGUGGGAUUUUCGGAGGAAAAAAUGUACUUGGGCUGUUGUUUCUUUUCAUGAGCUUGGGAUUGAGUUGGCGGUUGACUGUCAGUAGCAGGCAGAC